GUAAGACGUUAACGUAUUCAAUUCCGUUUCGUCUGUUCUGUCUAAUCUGUUCCUCCGUUUCUUGUCCACUCACUGAAUGUCACAUUUCUAACCUCGGUUGUAAACAUAUGUUUGAUUUCUAAAGUCUCAUAGGAUAAAAAUAAUGGCAAAGGCGAAAGUUACCUUCAAGAUUACUUUGACAUCAGAUCCCAAGCUUCCUUUCAAAGUGGUAUCAGUGCCAGAGGAAGCCCCGAUCACGGCUCUCGUAAAAUUUGCAGCUGAGGAGUUCAAGGUCCCUGCAGAAACCUCUGCCAUCAUCACAGACGAUGGAAUCGGGAUCAACCCUUCCCAGUCAUGUGGUAACGUGUUUAUGAAACAUGGCAGUGAACUGAGAUUGAUACCUAGAGAUCGGGUGGGAAGCAGUUGAUUUUACUCUUCAAUGUAAUGUGUAUUAUUUACAAUAAUUUUUAUUAUAUACUAUAUUUUCUAAUACAUUUUUUUCUAUAUUGUAUUGUUGAGUAAUAAGGUUCAUCAUUUUUAAUCUUUAAAAUUAUAUCUGGUUCUGUAUAUGUUGAUUGUUGAUAUUAGAUUUAAUUUUAAAAAGAAAUAAAGAUUGAUUAUUAUAUGGA